AUGGAAAUUUACGUUGACGCAUCGUAUAUGGAGGCUCUAGGGGGCAAGCCAUACAUGAUGCCUGUCUCCCCAUGGUUUUAUACUAAUCUUCCGGAUACAGCAAGAACUGGCUGUGACAUCAUCUCAUGGAAUGACUACGGGGAGAGUCAUCACAUCGGGACCAUUCGAGAUCACGCUCUUGUCGCGUUCGAUAAAGAUUCAGGCAAGGCCCCAUUCCUAUACUCACUCGAUCAUCACGGCUGGCGCGUCCUCCUCCCAUUCGCUAUUGAUCGAUACAAGAACAACAAGGCAGUUGUCACCUACGAAGGCGUUUCUUCUGGUACCGCCCUACACCCAAGCAGGCCUGUGGACAUCAUUGACGAUGCAGUAUUCUUCACCGUUCUCGCUACUGAGUCCGUGAAGGCUACGGUGUCUAUUGGUGGCGCAGAGUCUCAGGGUGUGUUGCGAGACCUUCCUGACGGCGGUAUCGGUCUGUACCAUGGAAGUGCGCGCUUCAACGGCCGAACUGGCGAAGUAAAGAUCACAGUAUGGCAAAAAGAUGUACUCAUUGCUGAUCAAUCUGGCCCUGCAAUCAAGAAUUAUUGUCGCAACGGUAUGACAGGCUUUGACGCAUGGGCUGGGGGGCGGCUGACCUCCAAGGCCUCAAGACCGGUUAGCACCCCAUCCCUCGAGGACGAGGUUUGCGUCAGGGGCACCGGUGCCAACGACUUCGACGUCAUUUGCAGAGCCACCUGCUACUUGGGAUACUGCCCCAAGUCUGCAUGCGUCUGCAGGGCUACUGGUGCCCAGGUCAAGCUCCCGCCUGAAGUCCCUGGUGAAGUGUUCCCAGCCGAGGGCUUGAACUCCAACUACAUCGGACUGUGCAACUAUGCUUGCCUUUACGGAGCUUGCUUCUCGUCCUACUGCGGUAAAACGAAGUAUCCCCUGAUCGAGCCGACCGUGUCAUCUUUCAACCCCCCCUCUUGCACUUCAGGCACUGGCGACGGAGACUGGUCGGUCCUUUGCAACUUCGCCUGUCGCCACGGCUUCUGCCCAAUCUCCAGGUGCAAGUGUACGAGUCAGGGACCCCUCAGCCUACUGAACCCGACCCAACAGACUAAGGCUGUAAGCCGCAUUGGCGAGGACCACGGUCUCUGCGCUUUUGCCUGCUCGCGGGGCUUGUGUCCCAAGCAGGCCUGCGACGCCAACGACGGCGAGCAACAAGAGCAAACUAAUCCGCCAGUGGACCAGAUCGAGAUGCCACACCUCGAUAGAGACUGCUACAUGUUUCCCGAAUGCGUUGACCUCGACAAUCCCCAGGCAUCCAGCUGCAGCAACAGUCAUACACGGGUCUCGUUCGACAAAGGCUCUUGCUCAGGGCGCUAUGGACGUCCCAUUUGUUGCAAGAACACCGUUCUUCCGACAAAAUGCACGUGGCGAGGCAGCGGGGCUGAUUGCAACGGGCAAUGCCACAAGGGAGAGGUUACCCUCUUCGAAUCUCGAACCGGGGGCGAUCCUGGAGAGAGCGACGACACGUCAUGCAACCGUGGACAUAAGACGUUUUGUUGCGAGCUCAAGAUUUUCAAGGAAUUGACUAGUCAAUGUCGCUGGACUGAAUGCUCUGGGGGAUGCACGUCUGACGAAAGUCUAGUUGCACAGAGAACCGAAAACAGCUGUCUGCUUGCUACAACACCGCUUAAGUACUGCUGCAGGAAUCAUCCGCCUACUCUCUCAAACUGCCACUGGGUCGGCCAGGGCGACUGUGCAGACAACAACUGCAACAACAAGGAAGUUACUUUGCUUUUAGCUUCGGUCGGCCUACUUGGUAGUGCUUGUGCAUGUAAGUCGCAGAAGACUCUCUGCUGCACGCCGGAAGAGGCCUUCUUGGGAAACGGACAGUUACCCACGCCGUAUUGCACAUCAGAGACAGAAGAAGGUUGCGCUCCUGAUGAACAGGGUUCGGAUCGGCUUGAGCACGACUGCGAAGAUGACGAAUGCGGACACGACAAGCUACGCAGAGAAGUGAUGGCUGUGCCUCAAGAAUUUUCUCUGGCUGGUCUGGCUUCUGAGGAAAGGUCACUCCUUGAGGCCUGA